UUUCUGCCAUAUGUCAAUUCAACAUAAAAUAAGUUUUAUUUCAGAGACAAUUUAGCAGCUAUUUGCUUACCUAGGUCUAUGUUAGUCUUAAAUUGUUAUUUAUCUAUGAAACACAAAGAAAACUACACCAUUCAAAUAAAUUAUUUUUUAACUUUAGACAAGGAAAGACUUCUUUCUGUAUAAGUUUUUGACUGAAUUCCUAACCUAUAAAACUUUCAUGUGAUAUAAUUUGCAAACAUGAAAAUUAAAAAAAAUAAAUCGCCCUUUCAUAAUAAUGAUAUAGAAGAUGAAAUAGACAGUUACGAAGACUCUAAAAAAUGGUACGAAGAGAUACAAGAAGAUCCAAAAAAUUUCUCCAAAUCUACAGAGCAGGUUCUCAUAGAAUUAAAAGAUGAAGCAAAAAAAUGUCAUGACUCAGAAGUACUAAACCAUAAUACAAAGAUUUCAAAAACAAAUUCCAAUUACCAGUGGAUGAAAACUGUUAUGUCUAAGGGAACACUUUCUGAUAAAAUUGCUGCACACACUGUAAUGAUACAAGAUAAUCCAGUAGCAAAUUUGGAAACAAUAAGAAAUUUGGUUGGCAUGGUAAAAGUUGGUAAAAAGAAAGAGUGUACAUCUGUAAUGGAAACAUUGGCAGAAUUAUUUCUAUCAAGUCUCCUAAUACCAAACAGAAAAUUGAAAUCAUUUCAUCAAAGACCUUUAUCACAACUCAAUGAACUUGCAUCUGGAAAUGCAGUUACUAGAAGAAAAAUAUUGAGUUAUUGGUAUUUUGAAGAUCAAUUAAAAGAAAUUUAUGCUUCAUUUGUGUUGGCUUUAAAUACUGUGGCACAUGAUACUGUUGAAAAUAAUAAAGAGAAAGCUGUUUCUGCUAUGUAUAAACUUUUGGUAGACAAUUCUGAACAAGAAAAGAAUCUAUUAACGUACAUUGUUAAUAAACUUGGUGAUCCAUCUCAAAAAAUAGCAUCCAAGGUGAUUUACUGUUUGACACAACUUUUGUUUAAACACAUAAAUAUGCAAAUGGUAGUGUUGAAUGAAAUUGAAAAAUUGAUAUUUAGGCCAAAUGUUUCUACUCGGGCGCAAUACUACAGCUUGUGUUUUUUGUCCCAAUUUCAUCUGAAUCAUGAAACUAGUCACAUCGCUAGAAAGCUUAUAGAAGUUUAUUUUUCAUUUUUUAAGGCCUGCGUGAAAACAGGUGAUAUAGACAGUAGAAUGAUGUCAGCACUUCUUAUGGGUUUAAACAGAGCUUAUCCUUAUGCGGAAUUGAAAUAUGACAAGGUUCAAGAACAUAUAAAUACAAUGUAUAGAUUAGUACAUUUGGCAAAUUUUAAUAUUGGCUUACAUACACUUAUGCUAUUGUACCAAGUAUCUGAUGCUGGAAAUGGUAUUACAGAUAGAUUUUAUUCUGCAUUGUACAGAAAACUGUUGGAUCCAAAUUUGUUGACUACUACUCACAGAGCAAUGCUUUUGAGUUUGAUUUAUAAGGCUCUUCUAAAAGAUAAAGAAAUAAACAGAAUAAAAAUGUUUAUAAAGCGACUUUUACAGAUAUCCAUGUAUGCUCAACCUUGCUUUUCUUGUGGGAUUUUAUAUUUGAUAUCUCAGCUUAUGAUUAAAAAAAAUGGUUUGCAAGCUCUUAUUUUAAAACAAACUGUAUCUGUUGAUAUCAAAGAUGAAGAUGAUGUGAAACAUGAAGAUGUAUUGAAUAUUAAACAGGAAAUCGAAAAUGACGAAUUUGAACAAAAUGAAGUGAAACAAUCAACUGUUGCUGCAAUGAAUACUGUUUCCGAUAUUAUUGAAAUUAAAGAAGAAACUGAUAUUAAGCCAGAUGUGAGUGUUCUAGAAGCUUCCUUAAAUGCUUCAGCUGAUCGUAGCAACAAUACCCUUAUCCGAAAGGAAGACAAAUAUAAUCCUUUAACCAGGAAUCCAUUAUAUGGCGGUGGAGAAUUCUGUAGUUAUACAGAGUUAUAUAACCUUAAAAAUCAUUUUCAUCCCACUGUUUCCCUUUUUGCCUCAAAUAUUAUGAAUGGAGUGCCCAUUGCAUAUAAUGGAGAUCCACUUACUGAUUUUACACUUAUUAGAUUUUUGGAUAGGUUCGUCUUUAAAAAUCCGAAAAAAGUCAGUGAAACAUCUGGAAGAGAUUUAACUUUUGGGAAAAGAAAAUUGUACAGACCUAAAGGUGUUAAAUCAAUAUCUGUUAAUUCUAAUAGUUAUGCCCAGGAAAACUCAGAAAAUAUCCCUGUUGAUGAACUCUUUGUACAUACAUAUUUGCAACAGAAAUAUCGAGAAAGAGGUUCAUUGGAAAAAGACGAUGACAGUGAUUUAGAAUCGGUUCAAAGUGAUGAGUUUGAAGAAAUGUUGGAGAAAUUUUCAGGUCAUAAAGAUGAAGAGAAAGAUGUUGAUUACAUGAAUGAAAUUGGAGAAAAUAUUAAAAAUGUUGAUAAGAAAAAGAAGAAAAAAAGUGAUAAUGAAGAUGUCGAAGAAGGCGACGAUUUACUGGAGGAAGAUGAAGAUUUUGAUGAUGACGAGUUUGAUGAAGAAAAUGAGUUAGACUUCGACGAUGAUGAUAAAGAAUUGCUUGGGGAUUUAAGCGACGAUGAUGAUGAAGCAAUAGAUUUUUCCGACGAAGAACCAAGUAAAAAGAAAUUGAAAAAAAAUUCGGACAAGGGUGAUAUCAUGUCGAACUUUGCUUCAGCUGAAGAAUUUGCAACCCUAUUAGAAGAAGAAGGGCAAUCAAAACAUAAACCGGGCGGAUCUAACGUCUUUGCGAAUACAGAUAAUGCGGACGUGAAGCAGUUAGCUUGGGAAGAAAAUCGAAAUAGAUGGUUAAAUAAAUUCCACAAAACAGUGGGAGGUGGUAAAGAAAGAAAAUUCAAUAGAAAACAGAAAAAUUUUGGUAAAAAGAGAGUCAACAAGAACAACAAUCUGAAAAAAAUAAGAAAGUGAACCUCCUAUGAAAAAAACUGUAAAUCAAGAAAUGUGAAAAAAAAAUAUUCUAUAACUUUUUAAUAUUAAAUUGUUUUUAAGAUAGAAA